GUCAAAUUAGCGGGAUUGCAUAGAGGGAGUCUCGCAGUCUCCUGUACAGAGCAUAAACUGUAAACAUCCACAUCAAAGACCGAGUGUCUGCUCUUAUGUAUGGACAGGAUUACGUAUUAAAAUCCUUGUAAACUAUAGCGCUGGUCAGUCUGAUCCACCGGAAUGAUUUAGAGAGGCGUGGAUUGGGAACAAGCUGUUCCUUUGGUGGGUGGGUGACUGUCCAAGAAGGUGAGAAAGAGGAACAUCUGAGAACCCCCGAGCUGGAGGUAGAUUAAGCUGGACAUGGCACACCUUCAGAACAUUCGGAACCAGAACUCAUGUUUGAAUCCUGAGGAGUACUUCACUAAGUUGGAACGAAUUGGUAAAGGCUCUUUUGGAGAGGUAUACAAGGGCAUAAACAACCGCACGAAAGAAGUGCUGGCCAUUAAGAUUAUUGACUUGGAGGAGGCAGAGGAUGAGAUUGAAGACAUCCAGCAGGAGAUCACGGUGCUCAGCCAGUGUGACAGCCCUUACGUCACCAAAUACUACGGCUCCUACUUGACGGGCUCUAAAUUAUGGAUAAUCAUGGAAUAUUUGGGAGGUGGAUCGGCUCUAGACCUGCUAAGGCCGGGACCUCUGGAAGAAGCAUAUAUCGCCAUCAUUCUCCGAGAAAUACUGAAAGGACUCGACUACCUCCACUCAGAGAGGAAGAUUCACAGAGAUAUCAAGGCGGCCAAUGUGUUACUGUCUGAACAUGGACAAGUCAAGCUGGCAGACUUUGGAGUGGCCGGCCAGUUAACAGACACACAAAUUAAGAGAAACACUUUUGUAGGAACUCCAUUUUGGAUGGCACCAGAGGUCAUCAAACAGUCUGCGUAUGACUUCAAGGCUGACAUCUGGUCUUUGGGUAUCACAGCCAUCGAGCUGGCUAAAGGAGAGCCACCCAACUCCGAACUUCACCCCAUGAGAGUCUUGUUCCUCAUCCCUAAAAAUAACCCACCAACACUGGAGGGGUCAUACAGCAAAGCCUUUAAGGACUUUGUUGAAGCUUGUCUCAAUAAAGAUCCACGAUUUAGACCGACAGCCAAAGAGCUCCUGAAGCACAAGUUCAUCACCCGCUACAACAAGAAAACCUCGCACCUGGCAGAGCUCAUCGAUCGAUAUCGCCGCUGGAAGUCAGAGGGCCACGGGGACGAGUCCAGCUCGGAUGACUCCGACAUGUAUGGAUGGGGAGGGGAUGACAGAGACCAGUGUCCCGCGUGGACUUUCCCCACUGUACGGCCCACUUCCAUGAACAAGUUACAGAGAGGUUUCAACCAUUUAGACAGUAAGACAUCAGAUGUUGUGAAGAGGCAGCCAAAGUCACCGUCCCUAACAACGUUCAUAUCACCCAUCUUCAGAGAGCUGAAGGAGAAGCGGCGUGUUAGCGGGAGCGCUGUGUGUGCUCUGGAGGAGCUGGAAAACGCAUUCAGCCUCGCAGAGGAGUCCAGCCCUGGAAUCUCAGACCGUUUGCUCAAAAACAUUAUGGAGAGAGUGUGCAGUUUUUCAGGUCAUGCUGAUUCAAUGCUAUAAGAUAUUGUCCUGCCCCGUGACACUUGCAUGCAGAGUGAACUUUGAGACUUCCUGUGUCUCAACCCUGCAGGUUUACACUCAAAAGAAACAGCAUGCCUUCAAAACGAUGAUGUCUGACUGACUGCUGUUCAGCUCCGUCCGAUGGAAAGACCGUCCUGAUCCCUUCAUGAACACCUCCAAUCUUUCCAUGACAGCUUUUAUUAGAUGUUUUUUUUACGGUUUACUUUAUAUAGUUUUGAAAUGUCUAAAUCAAAUGUAAAAUAUGAAAUGGCAAGGCAAGUUUAUGUGUAUUCCAUUAAAUGAAAAAGUACAUUGAGCUGUAAAUAAACUAGUGUAAAAAGUGUUUAUUUCUUGAGUUUGCAUUUAGGACAUAAAUGACAGGUGUCAUUCCAAACCCAUAAGACUUCUGUUCAGCUUUGAAACACAAAACUGAUAGAAUUCUGUCCCUUCGUUAUAAAUCCACAGAACCGAAAGUUUGAUGCUCUAAAAAGUUCAGAAAGAGUGGUCAAGUUAACCUUUUCUUUUUUAAGAGACACAUUUGUUUUAUAUUGCUAGAUUACAUGUUGCAGUUUGCUUACUAUUUUUGAUGCGCUCUAUGUAUGCGUGUUUAUAUGUGAAUAAAAGCCUAAAUGAAAUCGGUUUCUAUUGUUAAACCUAAAAAGCAGGGUUAUUUUAGUAUUAUUUAUGAAUUAUAUUUAGAUUUAGCUUUUAUUUCUAUAUUUUCAGUUUUAAAAUGUUAAUAAUUUUUGUUGCCAUUUUAUCCUUUUAGUUUCUUAUAAAAAUUAAAUUAUUGAAAAGUUAAUUUUAGAAUUAGAUGAGAAAGUUUGCCUUGGCAAUAAACAAAUACGUUUUUCAGUGAAUAUUUAAUAAAUUGUUCCUUAUAAUUUAAAUUUAAGAUUAAACCAGUCAAUUUAUAUGGAUGUUUUUUUUUUUUCAUUAAUUUAUGAGUCUUAAAGUUUUGGUAUAAUGAUCUUUCAAUAGAGCACCAGAAAUAUCUUCAUUUGUGUUUUAAAGAUGAACAAACUCGUCUCAUGAGGGUGAGUAACUCUUAACAAUUUUUAUUUUUGUGAACUAACCAUUUAAUGCGACAAAAAGAUGAUAAUUAAACGUUUACACAGUUCUGUUUUAUUUGAUAUUUUUAUCCCUUCAGUGUCAUAACAUGAAACGUACUAUAUGCAGUGUGUACAGGAGCAACGCCUCAGCAGCAUGCUACACAAAAUAAAUAGGAAAGCUGGAAAAAGUGAUUUCAUCAAAACUCAGUUUAACGCCUCUGAAUGAGACAGGAAACCGAGGUCUUUGAGUAAACUCCCUUUUCUCAUGCUUAGCAAUCCAGGAUGGAAAAGAACCCUUCAUCCAUCCUUCUUAUUGCCAGAUACAGAAAAACGAGGAAGAAAAUGAUUCCAGUCCUUGCACCAUAAAAUGUACAAAAAUGGGUGGAGACCAUGAGCCCAAACAGUGCAUUAGUGAACACAUCAGACUAGCUGAGCUCAUGUCGAGAUGAUAGCUGCAUACAGUUUAUUGUUAUGAAUAUACAAAGCAACACUGCUUAAUGUGUUAAACCUUUUUCAGGCUUACGCAAGACUUCUUCAGGUCUUUGGUUGGACCCUGUACAGCAUGUUGAACGGACAAAGCCAAAAGCCUUAUAAAUACAACCAAUAAUCCAAAAAGGCAAAAAAAAAAAAAAAAAUGUCUCCCAAAUCAGAUGUCGUACAGAUCUUCUUCAUAAAGUGAAGCAGACAAGUAAACAAAACACUGGAGCUUCAUCAUGCUACUGAAACAAAUAACUCAACUGGCCUUCCAACAAAACGAGACCGUAACAUUUAUAGUGAAAAGAAAGAAAAAAAAAUGUUUGUUGAUUAAUAGAUCGUAGAGAAUGAACUAUUAAUAUGCUUUAAAAAA